UACUUCCGGAAUGACGUCACGUUGGCGCCGAAUCAUACAGAGUAAAGCGCGCGGAAGAAAACAUUGAGCCUUCGGAUAUAAUUUACAAUAAUAAUACGUCAAAAUUUGCGGGUAUUUGCGGUUAACUAAGGAGCAACAGUGUAAUAACCCAGCAUGCAGCGAAGCAUAGCGUCCUUCUUUCAGCCGAAGAAAGGCAAUGAGAAGAAUGAUGGACAGCUCAAAGCAAAGUCUGAACCUGUGAAAAGUCCUCUCAAAAUUCAGAAUGGCGUACAGGAAAGUGAUUCACCAGUGAAGAAGGUUAACAAGCGUAGCAGACAAAUCAUAGACAGCGAUGAUGAAGAUCAGCCAAUGGUAAAAGAGCAGGUGACCAAGGACAAUGAAGCCCCAGCAGUAAAGCCUGAGAAGGCUGUGUCCGCUCCUGUGUCUCCAAAACCCCCCAUGACCCCAUCAACUCCUGUCACUUCAAACAACUCUGUUGACAUGGUAACCCCCGCUUCCUCAGGUACUCCAGGAACACCGGCGACUCCGACAUCAACAUCACCGUCAGGCAUUCCCAAACGCAAGACAGCCCGCAAACAGUUCCCCAAGAGAAAGCUGGAAUGCAGAAGCGAUGGAGAAGGAACGAAAGAGGAGGAGAAGGGGGUAGAGGGAGGUCAGGAGAGUAAAAGAGCACGAGUAGAGGACUCACCCGGUCAGACAGAGAAUGAGAACGAGAUGAUGGAGGUGGAAGAGAAGAGUGGAGACGAAAAGCCUAUGGUGGAGGAGCAGAAAGAGGAGGAUGAACCAAAAAAAAGUGUAGACAUAGAUGUGCAUGACAAUGACAAGAGGAAAGCGAAGACUGGUGAAAACGAUGAUAAACCAGAGAAAAAGUUAAAUGGAGCGAAUAAGAAGAAAGAAAAGGAGGAUGAGAAAGAGAAGGAUGUAAGCAAAGUGGUGGAAAAAGAGAAAAAGACAGUAGAAAAGGUGGAUGAGAAAAAGAAACACGCGAGCAGCCCUGCAAGAGUGGUGAAGAAAGAGAAAAAGACAGAAGAAAAGGUGGAUGAGAAAAAGAAAGACGUAAGCAGCCCUGAAAGAGUGGAGAAGAAGGAGAAAAAGACAGAAGAAAAGGAGGGAUCAGCCAAGAAGAAACCUAUCAGCAGUUUUUUUGCCCCUAGAAAAGCAGCAGUGAAACUGGAAAAAGAGGAGCAGAAGGAGGGGGAGAAGAAAAAGGCUGGAGAGACCCCUGCUAUCUUCGAACAGAAAGACAAGAAAAGUGAAAAGGGGGUGGAGUCUGCUGAUCAGAGCCAAUAUGAUCCUUCAAGAGCAAAUUACCAUCCCAUUGACCAUGCCUGCUGGAUGAGGGGACAAAAGGUGCCAUAUUUGGCUGUCGCUCGCACCUUUGAGAAGAUCGAAGAAGAUUCAGGCAGGCUGAGGAAUAUCGAAACACUUUCUAACCUUCUGCGCUCUGUAAUUCUGCUCUCGCCAGAUGACCUGCUGUGUUGUGUAUACCUGUGUCUGAACCAGCUUGGCCCAGCGUAUCAGGGUCUGGAGCUGGGCAUUGGUGAAACCAUCUUGAUGAAAGCUGUCGCUCAAGCAACAGGGCGACAGCUGGACAAAAUCAAAGCGGAAGCUCAGGAGAAAGGAGACCUGGGAUUAGUCGCGGAGAGUUCACGCAGCAACCAAAGGAUGAUGUUUGCACCAGCCAGUCUGACGGCAAGUGGCGUAUUUAACAAACUGAAGGAGAUUGCCAACAUGAGCGGGAACUCUGCAAUGAAUAAGAAGAUCGACAUUAUUAAAGGCCUGUUUGUGGCAUGUCGUUUUUCUGAGGCCCGCUACAUUGUGAGGUCAUUGGCGGGGAAGCUGAGAAUCGGAUUGGCUGAGCAGAGCGUUCUCGCAGCUCUCAGUCAGGCUGUGUGUCUGACGCCCCCAGGCCAAGAGUUUCCACCCGCUGUGUUGGAUGCUGGUAAAGGAAUGAGUACAGACAGCAGGAGAGCUUGGCUGGAGGAGAAAGCACUGAUCCUGAAACAGACAUACUGUGAGAUGCCCAAUUACGAUGCUAUCCUUCCGGUCUUGCUUAAAGAAGGCAUAGAUGAACUUCCCAAUCAUUGCAAGCUCACCCCAGGUGUGCCCUUGCGGCCCAUGUUGGCCCACCCAACUAAAGGGGUCGGCGAGGUAAUGAAACGAUUUGAUGAGGCUACAUUCACCUGUGAAUAUAAAUAUGAUGGAGAGCGUGCUCAGAUCCAUAUUCUUGAAAACGGGGAGGUGCACAUUUUUAGCCGAAAUCAAGAGAACAACACAAGCAAAUACCCGGAUAUUAUCUCUCGAAUACCACAGGUGAAAAAAGAAAGUGUACGCUCCUGUGUUCUAGAUUCAGAGGCGGUGGCCUGGGACAGAGAAAAGAAACAGAUUCAGCCGUUUCAGGUUCUUACCACACGCAAGAGAAAGGAUGUGGACGCAUCUGAGAUCAAGGUUCAGGUGUGUGUCUACGCCUUUGACCUGCUCUACCUGAAUGGAGAGUCUCUGGUACGAGAGCCUCUGAGCAAACGCCGGGCUCUGUUACGAGAGAGUUUUGAGGAGAGAGAGGGCGAGUUUGUCUUCGCAAAAUCCCUCGACUCUGACAAUACAGAAUGUAUCGCUGAAUUCCUGGAGCAGUCUGUACGAGAUUCCUGCGAGGGUUUAAUGGUGAAAACGUUGGAUAAACACGCGACAUAUGAGAUUGCCAAACGCUCUCACAACUGGCUCAAGCUAAAGAAGGAUUAUCUGGAGGGUGUCGGGGACACUGUAGAUCUAUGUGUGAUUGGAGCUUAUCUGGGAAAGGGAAAGAGAGCAGGCAGCUAUGGAGGAUUUUUACUGGCCUGUUACGAUGAGGAAAACGAGGAGUUCCAGUCUGUCUGCAAGAUUGGAACUGGCUUUAAAGAUGAAGAUCUGGAGCAACAUUACAAUUUCUUGAAGGAGCACAUUUUACCUAAACCACGGCCUUAUUACCGCGUGGACCAAUCGGCAGAACCGGACGUUUGGCUGGAGGCGGUGCAAGUGUGGGAGGUGAAAUGUGCUGACCUUUCACUAUCGCCGGUCUACAAAGCAGCCAUGGGAUUGGUGGACCCAGAGAAAGGGAUUUCACUUCGUUUUCCACGAUUCCUCAGGAUCAGAGAUGACAAAAAGCCAGAAGAUGCCACCGCAGGUUCACAGAUUGCUGAUCUCUACAAGAAACAGCAACAGAUUCAAAAUCAGGGUGACAAACCUGAUUUGGAGGACUACUAUUGAAUCCUCUCUGAUUGGCUCCUGUUGUCCUUAUUCCAAAUGGCCCGUGGAUCGUUUCAAUACUUUGUUGCCUAUUAAAAUGUGCCCAUUAAAUUUUUUUUAAUGCUGUGAUAUUGUAAAAUUUGAUGAAAAUUGAACUAAUAAUGUAAAUAUUCUUUCAAAUAAUUGAUAGAGCUGAAAUAAACACUUGCUUUUC